ACAGCCCCUCUCUCCCGCCCUUCUGCCCUCCGCAAUUUCUUUUUUUGAAGUUAGAGUAGUGAUGCACAGAUAUGCGGAAACACUGUCGGCUUUCAACCCCCUUCGCGUCACCUCCAUAAACCUGUGACCCCGUACCGGAACGUUAAAUGACAUCUUGGCUUUCCUGGCGAAAGACAUGGCCCAUGGACAUGAACAUGGACACGAACAUGGUCACAGUAAAAUGGAACUUCCAGAUUAUAAACAAUGGAAGAUAGAAGGGACACCAUUAGAAACUGUACAGGAGAAGCUGGCUGCACGAGGGCUAAGGGAUCCAUGGGCCCGCAAUGAAGCCUGGAGAUACAUGGGUGGCUUUGCAAACAAUGUUUCCUUUGUUGGUGCAAUACUGAAGGGAUUCAAGUGGGGGUUUGCUGCGUUUGUGGUGGCUGUAGGGGCUGAGUAUUUCCUGGAGUCCCAGAAUAAAGACGAGAAGCAUCACUGAAGAUAAUGUCUGGAAGUAUCUUAGUGGCUUCUCAACUCUCAUAAAAACAAGAUUUCUUUACUGUAGCCUACUCAUCUAUGUGUUUGUCCAUUAAAGAAUACUAGUAAGAUUUAAUAAAAAAUACAUGUGCCAGUC